GUUCAAGAAGUGGCGUCAGAGGAAAACAUCUGCAUAUGCGGAAGUGUCACUCUACGCGUGUUUUCUGCGAUGUGUUGUGUGUGAUGGGGAAUUUAUUCAUUUGUUUGUGAUGUCGGUGCUCUACAUGGAUAAACUAGGUCGAAUUUAUGAGCGUUAUCAGGAGUAUGUGAGGUCGAACCCUGCAGCCGCGUCUCACCUGGAGAGCAUUGUUCGCGCGCUGAGUUACCUGAUCGCAGGUCGCUUCUCAGACUCUCAUGAAAUCUCCGAGUUGGUCUACUCCGCAUCUAACCUUCUAGUGCUGCUGAACGAUGGUAUCUUGAGGAAGAAUCUCUCUAGGACUUUGCCUAUGUCUCUCUCUCAACAGAGGCUGUUAACCUGGUUGUCUGUACUGGAAUAUGUGGAGGUUUUCACAGAGAUGGGAGCCGCUAAGCUUUGGGGAGAAGCUGGACGCUGGCUAGUUAUUGUUCUUAUUCAGGUUGCCAAAGCGAUCCUGCGUUGUCUCCUGCUUUUCUGGUACAAAUCAGGCAUCCAGACGUCACCACCUUUAAUUCCUCUGGACAGGGAUUCUCUGCUCUGUAGUCAUGAUAACAGUGCUGAAGAAGACGAUGAGGACACUUCUGUCGUGGACCAGCGUUCAGGAGGAGUGGUGAGACCACUGGGAAGCGCACCGUCAUUGCAGUCUCUUCUUUGGGGUCUCCCUCGGAAAAACAAGAGAAGUAGGGAUCGAGAAGAGGAGCUCCACUCAAGCCCCACACCUCUGGGUCUGCAGGAAACCAUCGCAGAGUCUCUGUACAUCGCUAGACCGCUUGUGCAUUUGGCCAGUUUGGGGAUUUGUGGAAAACGUUCCUGGAAACCUUGGAUCAUCUCUGGUCUCUUAGAGAUAACCAGUUUCAGUUUGUUGAGCGACAUCAAGACGCUGAACCGUAGAGAGAGGGCUGAGCUGAGGAGACGGGCCUUCCUUCUCCUCUACUACCUGCUCCGCUCCCCCUUCUAUGACCGAUACUCUGAGACGAAGAUCCUCUUCCUCCUUCGCUUCUUGGCAGAUUAUGUUCCCGGAGUCGGUUUGGUUGCACGUCCACUGAUGGAGUACUUGCCCAUUUGGCAGAAGAUCUACUUUUAUAACUGGGGCUGACGUCAAAGUGAAUCUUUCACAGGUCAGCGCUGCCAAAAUGUUAGCAGAAGGAGAGGAAGCUAUUUAGAGGAUGCGACAGCGACACUCGAGGACUCAAAUCACACCUGUGCCAGAACAUUACCACAUUUAUUGAGGAGUUACAGGUACACUCCUGGCGUAUGAGAAUAUGCAUCUGGAUAAUGAUUCUCCGAAUGCUGUUUUUGUUUAUCUUUUAGCUUUCGCAAUUUUAUGCAUCUGAGCCACAUUUUUUUUUGCACUUAUAAACAUCUGUUAUUGAAUGAGUUUUGGCCAGACUUCAAGCUCUCCUGUCCCAUAAUCUAUCCUUCAACACGAAUGCCUUCCUUUUUAAUUUAGAUGUUUAUUUCCAAGGAGGAUAGUUUUAUUGAAUGCAUUACUUGACUGGCUGAAAUCAAGUCAAUUAGACGGAUGUUUGGUUUUUUGUUUGUUCUGAUUUGUGCCAAAGAUGAGAUGAAGCUGAAUGUGAUGCUUUUAAUUGUAGCUACUGUACAAUGGAAUGAUUCAUCAAAUGGGUAUAAAGGUCCCUGUUUUUUAUUAUUAUUAUUAUUAUUAUUUUGUGAAGGCCUGCCCAAUCUAACUAUUAGUAAAAUUAAUGAAUAAUAAUUUAGCUGUAAAUAAAAUUAUCCACAUGA